CUGAGGAGGCGGCGGGCCCGGAGCAAGAUGGCGCUGCGGCCGGGCACGGGGGCUGGCGGCGGCGGGGCUGCGGGGGCUGGCGCGGGAGCCGCCGGGGCAGGCAGCUUCAUGUUUCCUGUUGCAAGUGGAAUAAGACCCCCACAAGCAGGCCUGAUGCCAGUGCAGCAACAAGGAUUUCCCAUGGUGUCCGUCAUGCAGUCCAACAUGCAAGGCAUGAUGGGAAUGAGCUACAGCUCGCAGAUGUCCCAAGGCUCCAUCGCCAUGCAGGCAGGAAUACCCAUGGGACCAAUGCCAGCAGCGGGAAUGCCUUACCUGGGCCAAGCGCCAUUCCUGGGCAUGCGUCCUCCAGGCCCGCAGUACACUCCGGACAUGCAGAAGCAGUUUGCUGAAGAGCAGCAAAAGCGAUUUGAACAGCAGCAAAAACUCUUAGAAGAAGAACGAAAAAGACGCCAGUUUGAAGAACAGAAGCAAAAGCUCAGACUGCUGAGUAGUGUGAAGCCCAAGACAGGAGAGAAGAGUAGAGAUGAUGCGUUGGAAGCCAUAAAAGGGAAUUUAGAUGGGUUUUCCAGAGAUGCUAAGAUGCAUCCUACUCCAGCGUCGCACCCCAAGAAACCAGGGCCUUCUUUGGAGGAGAAGCUCCUAGUGUCUUGUGAUAUAAGUACAUCUGGGCAGAAACAAAUUAACUUAAAUACUUCUGAAGUGGGGCACCAAGCCCUAGUCCAGGGUUCCAGUAAGAACCAUCCCAGUUUAACGGCCAGUAACGGGGUUGCCAUAGAUGGAUGUUUAAGUGGUACCACCACUGCAGAGGCAGAAAAGUCUUCAGACCAAAACCUGUCCAUUGAAGAGAGUGGUGUGGGAGUCUUCCCCUCGCAGGACCCUGUUCAGCCCCGAAUGCCUCCAUGGAUUUACAAUGAGAGUUUGGUUCCAGAUGCCUAUAAGAAAAUUCUGGAAACCACAAUGACUCCAACUGGAAUAGAUACUGCUAAGCUUUAUCCUAUUCUGAUGUCGUCUGGACUUCCCAGGGAAACUCUUGGACAAAUAUGGGCCUUAGCGAAUCGAACAACCCCUGGCAAGCUUACUAAGGAAGAACUUUAUACGGUCCUUGCCAUGAUAGCGGUAACACAGAGGGGUGUACCUGCCAUGAGUCCGGAUGCUUUAACCCAGUUCCCGACGGCACCUGUUCCGACGUUAAGUGGUUUUCCUAUGACUUUGCCUACCCCGGUGAGUCAGCCAACCGUGAUACCCUCCGGCCCGGCGGGCUCCAUGCCCCUCAACCUUGCACAGCCCGUCUUGGGCAUUAACCUUGUUGGACCAGUGGGUGGAGCUGCAGCCCAGGCUUCCAGUGGCUUCAUGCCAACUUAUCCUGCAAAUCAGGUGGCAAAGCCAGAAGACGACGACUUCCAGGACUUUCAAGAUGCUUCUAAGUCGGGAUCCCUGGAUGACUCGUUCAGUGAUUUCCAGGAGCUGCCUGCUGCUUCAAAACCAGCUAAUGCUCAGCAUGGAAACAGUGCUCUUUCUUUGUUGAUGCCACUCCCUGGGACUAAAGCAGCGACUUCAGUGGAUAAAUAUGCUGUGUUUAAAGGAAUUGCAGCUGACAAAGCCUUUGAAGCUACUGUUCCAUUGGGAGAACCUGGUGACAAAUACAGUGCUUUCAGAGAACUCGAGCAGACAGCCGAAAAUAAGUCCCUAGGAGAAAGCUUUGCAGAAUUCAAAUCCUCAGGAACAGAUGAUGGGUUCACUGAUUUCAAAACAGCCGACAACGUAUCCCCACUAGAGCCGCCGACGAAAGACAAAGCUUUCCCAGCCUCCUUUCCCAUGGGAAGUAUGCAACAGAAGCAGCAAACACAUGUGAAAACUCCUCUGAACUUAGCCGAUCUUGAUAUGUUUUCCUCAGUUAAUUGCAGUAGUGAGAAACCAUUGUCUUUUUCAGCCACGUUUAGUGCAUCAAAACCUGUUUCCACACGGCCACAGCCGACAGGUUCCACCACAACUACAACAGCACCAGCAUCAACUAAGACUUCUAGCUUGGCUGAUGACUUUGGAGAAUUCAACCUUUUCGGAGAGUAUUCUGGUCCGGCGUCUGGUGGGGAGCAGGAUGACUUCGCAGACUUUAUGGCUUUCGGCAACAGCUCUAUUUCAUCAGAGCCAAAGGCAGAGGACAGAUACGAUGCCCUGAAAGGGGAAACCAGUCCCAUCCCUGCCUCCAGCAGCUCGGGCAGCACUGUCCAGGGCGCACAGAGCAACGCUGCUGCCCCCAGCAAGUACGACGUCUUCAGACAGCUUUCCCUGGAAGGGUCUGGGCUAGGUGUUGAUGAACUGAAAGAUAGCACUCCUUCAGGAAAAAGCGAUGACGAUUUUGCUGACUUCCACUCCAACAAGUUUUCUUCCCUGAACUCAGACAAGUCCCUGGGAGAGAAGGCAGUGGCUUUCAGGUACACCAAGGAGGACUCUGCUUCCGUGAAAUCCUUGGAUCUGCCCUCCAUCGGCGGCAGCAGUGUUGGCAAGGAGGACUCGGAAGACGCGCUCUCUGUCCAGUUUGACAUGAAACUGGCUGAUGUAGGAGGAGAUCUUAAGCAUGUCAUGUCUGAUAGCUCUUUGGAUUUGCCAACAGUUAGUGGCCAGCACCUUCCUGCUGCAGAUAUAGAGGACUUAAAAUAUGCUGCUUUUGGAAGCUACAGUAGCAAUUUUGCAGUGAGCUCACUCACAAGCUGUGACUGGUCAGACAGGGAGGAUGCAUCCCAGGGCAGAAAACCCUCUCCAUUUGUCCUCUCAGCAGGCAGCGGGUCCUCCUCGUCCCCCUCCGUCCUGCAAAAGCAAGAGACUUCCUUUGGCAGCUCUGAGAGUGUCGCCAUGGCCUCGCUCUCCAAAGCCUCCACCUUUUCCAGUGAAGAUGCGCUGCCCGACGGUGCCUUCCCCGCCUUCGCCAGUUUCCAAGACGCGAUCCCGCCGGCCAGCGAGCCAAAGGAAUAUGAGAGCAGGGACUACAAAGAGUUCACGAGGCAGGACCUGCCCGCCGCCGAGCAAGGCCCGGAGAGCACGUGUCUCAGCCCAGCUUCCAGCAGUGCCUCCUAUGAGACCCCCAAGGAAUGCUCCGACGACUUCGGGGAGUUCCAAAGCGAAAAACCCAAAAUCAGCAAAUUCGACUUUCUGGUAGCCACAUCACAAAGUAAGAUGAAAUCCAGUGAAGAGAUGAUCAAGAGCGAGCUGGCGACCUUUGACCUGUCUGUUCAAGGAUCACAUAAGAGGAGUCUGAGCCUCGGCGAUAAGGAGCUCAGCCGCUCCUCCCCGGCCCCGGCCCUGGAACAGCCCUUCCGAGACCGCUCCAACACCCUGAGUGAGAAGCCUGCGCUGCCCGUCAUCCGGGACAAGUACAAAGACCUCACAGGCGAGGUGGAGGAGAGUGAGAGAUACGCAUAUGAGUGGCAGCGGUGCCUGGGCAGUGCCCUGGAGGUCAUCAAGAAGGCAAAUGACACCUUGAACGGGAUCAGUAGUAGUUCCGUGUGCGCAGAGGUCAUUCAGUCAGCUCAAGGCAUGGAGUAUUUAUUAGGUGUGGUUGAGGUGUACAGGGUCACCAAGCGCGUGGAGCUGGGAAUCAAGGCCACCGCCGUGUGCAGUGAGAAGCUGCAGCAGCUGUUGAAGGACAUCGACAGAGUGUGGAACAACCUCAUCGGCUUCAUGUCCCUCGCCACGCUCACGCCGGAUGAAAACUCACUGGAUUUUUCCUCCUGCAUGCUGCGGCCUGGGAUCAAAAACGCCCAGGAGCUUGCCUGUGGGCUGUGCCUCCUGAACGUGGACUCCCGAAGCAAGAGAGAAGAGAAGCCUGCAGAGGAACAUCCUAAAAAAGCAUUCAACUCGGAGACUGACAGCUUCAAGCUGGCAUAUGGAGGGCACCAGUAUCACGCCAGCUGUGCCAACUUCUGGAUCAAUUGUGUUGAACCUAAACCUCCUGGCCUCAUCCUGCCUGAUUUGCUCUGAAGGACUCCUUUGUGGUGCACCAGCUGCGUGUGUGUGCGCGUGCGCACAUGUGCAUGUGCACCCAUGGGAUGCCCAGGAACCAAUAAAAUGUGAGUUCAGCAAAGUUCAUCUCCACAAAGCCUUGACAGAUCCCCCCAAGAGGUAAGCGGGGUGAUGGCAGCACUCGCGGCCACCCCUCGGGGACUCCCUGGCCCCCGCUGGCCCGGCCCAGGCGUCGGGACUGCCGCACCCAGGCUGCACGUGGCACUGCCUGCUCAGCUCUAGUUCUCCUAAGUUAUUUUAAAAUGUGGACCACCGUUUUCUUUGAGGAACACUUUGAAACUGUGAAGAAUGAACUCUUGAAGACAAACACGUUAGCAUGGCAGGACUGGGACGAGCCAGACUGUUCCCAGCCCGUGCCGGAGUCUAUGCGGAGCACGCCCGUGCAGUCAGAACGCACGCGUCGCUGCGGCUCGUUGGGAGCUGAGGGGAAGGAACGGGGCAGGUGCAGUUACCCCCGUGUGCUGUCCCCCUGCACUGAGCGGGGCCACUCUGCAGAGAUCCCGCCCUGCCCACACCUGAGCUGGGUGCCCACACUCCGUGCCUCUCCUGCGCUCUCCCUGCUGUGCCUGCGCCGGGCCUGGAGCCACGUUCAAGGAAGGAGAAACAGCGUUUUGCCCACAGACUCCAAACAUGGUGUUUUUUCAGGGAAGGUGUGGAAAGGCAGUGUGUGCAAUCCCUUCACGGGGUUCUAAGGACCAGCGCAGGCCCACCCGGGUGGCCACUGGGAGGCCCAGGAAGUCACUGGCCUGGUCAGAAGGGAAUGGGAUGUGGUUGUGACCUAGAAGCCCCGGAGGGAAGCCGGUAAGACAGAGCGCCAAGGAAUCGCUCGUGCUGAUGUCAAGAUCGUCUCUGCCACUGAAACCAAGUGCAUUAAAUCAGGAGUGAAAGCCAGCGGUCAAGGGCCAUGUUGUUCCCAGGAAGAACAAGCUAGAACAUAAGCUUCUCUGAAUUUGGGUUGCAUGUUUCAUGAAGAGGUGUUGGGGCACACAUGCUCCUCUGUGUGUCAUAGUGUCUGACCCAGGUAACCUGCAAACUGCAGGCAGCCUUUGACUUCUGCUGACAGUUACCUGUGGGUUUUUCGCAUCUCAGGACCAACACUGAGGGAGCCGUCCUGUCCCCAUCUUAUAUCUUUCACACCUUCUCCCACGAGGGGCAGUGUUUAUUGCGGGCACCUGCGGAGACUUCAGCUGGCCUGGCUGUGACCGGGAGGAUGCAGGGAAGUGCUCACCGGCUUGGCUCACCUGCAGCAGCUGAUGCUGCGUGUCUUGAUAGGAGGGACCCAGGGGAGCCGUGGGCCAGGGACGAUGCCCUGGUAGUGACUCCACUGGCAGCCAGCUGGGCACAGGCUGUGCCGGAGGCCCAUGCACCCACCUUGGCAGUGCCCGAGUAGUCACAGCUGUCCUUCCUGGGGGUGGCACGGUUAGUACAGCCACAGGAGGGACAAAGGAAAGCUCUCAGAUGGCAACAAAAGCCUCUGCUGCGAACAGGCCCCAAGGCUUUUCCUCUUUCAGGACCUGGGAGUGUGGCACCCCCCUGUGCUGGCUUUCUGAACCCACAUUCAUUCAAGUGAAUCCCUGGCUGCUUUUGACUUCACCUAAGCUCUUCCCUUGUUAGCUGAGGGUGUCCUUGGAAACGGUAACCAAGGUUACGUAUUUUCCACACUGUGUAUCAUGUCAGGCGGCCUCAUUUCUGGACUUGAAUGGUGAUUAAUAAGCACUUUUCUAUGUUUGGUCUUUAAAACAUUUUAUGGGUUGAUGUGUAACUUUUGUUUGGACAUGCUUGAGAUGAACAAGGUACAGAUAGAUCGGCAUGGUGGUCACGUGACAUUUUGGAGUUAGCAUUUCCUAUGGUUUGCAUAUUUUAAGGUAUUUGAAUAUUUUGUGGAAGGUAUGCUCCGAGCUGUGGAAGGAUGUUCCUGCGUGCCCGUUUUCUUAGUGCUUUUCUAGCUUUGGAAAGCUGUGCCCCGCAGACACGUGAAGCGCCCACUCUGCUCGGGGCCUGCCGUCGGGGGGCCUCCGCCCUGCUAAGUCGGACAGCUGCCUUGCAGAGUACAGCAGUCAGGGUGCAGGGCGACUGGCGUGGAGCCUGUAUGUGUACCAAGUAACAGCACUGGAAAGUUCUCCUGCAAACCUAAGGUGAGGAGAUGAAGCUUAAGCCACGAUGAAAGCAAAGCCCAGAGAUGAAAAACACGCCUUUCUGAAUGACAAACUUUGACUUGCCCGAUUUCCCUUCUGUGUUGUCAGUUCAUGCGCAGCAGCUCCGUGUUUAGUCAUGGCCGCAUGAACCAGUGGAUGCGGGGGCCUUGUGUGCGGCUGUGCAACUUGGUCCAGUAUUAUAAGGCGGUGUGGCUUCUGACCUUUGCACGUAAAUUUAGACCUUAUAAAGCUUGCCCUGUAAAAUAUGUUCAGGGCCUUUCCUGAGGUAACCACUUGUUGAACUCUAUUAGAAGUAAAAACAAAUCGCACAAAAA